ACCGUGCAACAUCGUCGUCAAUCCUCAGCCAUCUGUCUGGUGUGAAUUUCCUUCUUGCCUUCUUUUUUCACAAAUCAAAAUUUACACAAUCGAUACUGCACUGCAGAGGGUUGGAAAAAGCAUCAGGAGUACUUUUCGGCUGAAUGUCCAGCACCGUGGCAGUGAGAUAGCAGUUUUGCUUCGAGUCGAAGCGAGAGAGCCACACCACGGGAGAAAAUCGUAAGCGGAAGACGGAAAAGGAAAAGUGGUUCACUGAAGUGUGUUCGGAAGAAAAUUUAUCGAUUGAGUAUUUCUGUCUGCCGGAGUUCGUGGCGAAUAGGGCGCAAAAGAAAGCAACGAAGGGAAAUCCCCGCGGUUGAUCGGUGGGUGCUUGAGAGUCUCUGCAGCACAGGUGGGUGGGCGAUAUGUGGUGAAUAUUAACGGGAAAAAGUGCGUGUCAGUGUGAGUACAACCAGUAAAAAAAAAUAGUGCUUCAAGGAAUUUUAUCGUCGCCGCCGUUGUCGGCUUCGUUGUGAAAUUAAAAAGGAUUAUUUCGAAAGAGGCCACAGCCACGAAGUGUGUGUUUAUGCAAAAUGAUCUCAUUUAUUGGUUCGCUAAACGUCGCUUCCUCGGUCAGCGGUGUUUGAUUGAGCAGGGCUUCCACACAAACGAGGAAAAUCGAUAAACUCGGAUUAUCAGCGGCGGCCACUCGUCGGUUUUCCACUUUGCACACACGUAAUCGCCCGGAGGGUAAGCCCGACCAAAGCUAGACGAAUUACGUCCAACGACAUCAACAACAACAACAACAAUACCGCAAGCAAAUUCAUCAUUCUCAGGCGGGUGCAAACACAACGAACCGGUUCGGACAGAACGAGUCCUCCCCUUGCGAGUUUUCAAGUCGUGGGCCGCCUUAGCGCCACCCUCGUGGCACUAGCGAAGUGAACCUUUUUCUGGAAGGGUGCGCGCGUAUCCGCAAGGGCUAGGAGAGUGUGUGAGUGCUCUGCCACAGUGCAUAACUCUUAUUUUCGGUUUGUGACCUGUUUAUCCAAGAACACCAGCCUUCAUGAUCGGAUCAUUUUGGAAUCUGUGUAGAGCGUGCCCAUCAAUGCCUGUAGAUAAGCUCCACUCGGAAUACAGAAGCACCUAUCGAUGGCACGAGUACACCGGAGGUCCCGAGGUCGUUCGCAAGCCACCUGUGCCAAAUCAAUUCGCCAGCUCCAAGGUGGAUCACUUUUUCUCCAAAUCAACGGAGGAUGAUAAAUUCAUCGAAGCCUCGAUCAACGAACCGCCCUUGCCACGGAGGAAAAAAUGCCCGGAGCUGGCCUACCGGUCGCACGAGUUUAUGGCGGCCAACCAGCGGGGAGCAGGAGCAGGAGGCGGCAAUGAGCUAUCGGCCCAGGCUGGUCACGAUAGGCCCGAUGCCGCAACGACUCACUCACGUGCUAGGUCUGAAGAACGCGGAACCCCUUCCCGUCGCAGUAAAUCGGAAGGACCACCAGCGGUCGCCAACGGACGGCUACCGACCGGAACCGGCGGCGGCGGCAUCUCGAACGGAGUGGCACACGAGCCGGUCUCGGUCGAAGGCAGAGCGCAGGAAAAGCCGGGUGAGUCUAGUGGCCUAUUCAAAAAAACUAUUAGCAAAUUGAGCACAGAGUAUCGCCUGCAGUUUGUGUGGCCUCACGUGCGCAGGGCAAUCAAGGGGGCCACCGCUGAGGAUCCGGUGAUCGAACCACCGCGCAAAUCCCUCUCGAUGGGUGCACUGAAAGCUGCGCAGGCUGCUGCCGCUGCCGCCGCCACCAGCAGUCACCACCAUCACCACUACCACCACCACCACCAUCAGGCGGUUCCCACCGUGCAUAAAAAACGAACCACAAACGAGCGAGAAGCGAAUGCUCACGAGCUGGAACCCCUGGUAAACGACGUGGACGGCGAAAAGCCGCAUCAUGAAAAACGUGACGCGGUGGUCGAGCACAAGUUGAAAGCGUUCAAGUCGGAGAAGGAGCGGUACGGCUUCGAACCGGAGCACGAUGGUGGAGCAGCCCUGCGGAACAGUGCCGCCAUGGAUAGCGCCUGGUACAAGGAGGUGCUGGAGCUGCGGAAGAAAGCCGGUGAAUACAGGAACCGAGGAUGGGGUGGAGAGAUCAACCCGGACCUGUUCAAUAAACAGCAGGAGCUAUGGGAUCAAGUGUCCAGGCGAAGCUCGCUCAGUGCCCUUUCUUUGGCGUCCAGUGUGAGACCAAUCACCAAAGAAGAGAAAGAGAAAGAAAACAACAAAAAGAGCUCUCCAACGAAGCCGUACGCUCCGGGCCGCGGUAAGAUCCCCGGAAGUGCACGGCCAGUUGAAAUAGGAAAAACCCUUCCCGAUGGUUUGGCGUUCUCGCGCAGUCGGAAGGACAACAUCCGUCACCAUCUGGAGCGCACCACAGGACCCGAUGUCGAAGAAGGUGCCCUGCUACCGUCGCCUACCCGGGAAAAACUGAUGCCAGCAAUCCCGCGCUCCAAGGGCGAUAGCCCGCAGCGUGGAAGUCCACAGAAAACAGGCCUUUCUCGUCAUGGAAGUCCCCAGAAGGGAAGUCCUCAGAAGAGCAGUCCCAAAAAGAUGUCCAGUCGAUCGCAAUCGGUCGGACCAGCUGUAGCCACCGACAACAGUGUUGCCAGCGUCGGUGGAGGAUCACCAAAGCGCCAAAUCCGCUCCGGUAGCACUGCCACUGCCUCAACUGCUGCCUCGGCAGCUAAAGCGCACAACAAGAAGACUCCCUCGACGGCUACGACCCCGUCGCAACCCCCAGAGCGUCGACCAAGACCGACCACCCUAUCCACAACCACUAAUCAUUCCCGCUCUAAGAGCAACACUCUGCCCUUCAGUGGCUCCACAAGAGUGCAUUCCGCUCCCCCCAGUAGACCACCACAUGUGGCGAUCAACAAUAACAACAUCAACAACAACAACAGCAACAUCCAGAACAACAAUACCACCAUCAACAACAUCAAUAACAAUACCAACAACAACCACAUUCCCACAAAUCAAACCCACCCCAUCCCGGCCCCCGAUCGAAGUAAUAACAACUCCAUUCCGAACAUCACAUCUUCCACCAACACCACCACCACCAAUACCACCUCGACCCAUCCCUCACGCGCUAAGCUCACACUCGGUCCCAAGAUUGGCUCGCAGAACCGGCCCCGAGCGGCUAGUGCCACCUCGACGGCGGCGUCGAAAAAACUAGAACCCUCGGUGGUGCGCAAACCCGCCGCCAAAGGCAAAACCGAAUCGGGAUCCAAAUCCGCCGGAAACGAGGACGACGCCGAGAAGGAUGGCGGCGUGUCGGUGGCCAGCGUGAGUCCCCUGCCGGCACCGGAAAUCAACGAGCAGAUCAUCAAGUCGCCCCCGGAGCCGACGCGAGUCAAAUCACCCGAGCAGAUCAUUAUGCGUUCCCCGGAUCCGGUCAACUGGACCGUUCCGCUCGAUACGGGUAAAACCUUCACCGUCACCCAGAACGUGCGAGAAGGUGAUCCUAUGAUCCGACCUCAUAGCGAAAUCAAGGCUUCUACACCAGUGGAUCAUCCACCACCAGCACCACAGUCAGCACCGCCAGAGCUUUCAGAACAAUCUAAGUUACCGAAUACAAAACUUGAACCAGAUUCAAUUAAAGAGUCCGAGGAUGAAGAUGAAAAUCUGCCCAAAUCCAAGUCCUCAGCGGCCUCGUCGGUGAACCAACCGAUUUCGGUGGCAGUUCCGGUUCAACCGGUUACGACUGUUCCUCAACCGGCAGCCACGGUCCCGUCGGCUGCAGCACAAAGCAAUCCGGAACCGGUUCGCUUCGACAAGCCCGUACCGGGGUCGACCCUUCGCUGCCUGGAGGACCCGGACUUCGAGUCGGACAUCAACUCACCGAUGGGCAGCCGGAACGUGACGUCCGAAGUGCUGGACAAGGCCCGGGACCGAUUCGAUCGUUUCUGGGGCAAUCCGGACGGGGCGAAGCCUGACGAGUCCUAAGCUGUUAGAAUUUCCUACUGCACAGUUGUAAGUGAGCUUGUUUUAGAACAUCUAUCUUAGAUACUCGUCAGGUUGGGCAGGCGCUCAGCUCCGGUGUAGCCGAAUGGAGAACUGAUCGGCCGACCUCUGUUGCCUCCUAUCUCUAACUCUCUCUCUAUAACCAUCCCCAAGAAAUAUGGGUUUCAUCUUUGCGCGCUUGUAUCCACACGAGAAUUUUCGAUCAUUUGAUAUUAGUAGAGACUCUUAUAACUGAAACCGGUAGCCAGAAUGAUGUUAUCCAUUUGUGUGAACCACGUCUUGACAGGGUAGUCUUAGGAUGUUAAAAACUUUCCUAAUGUUUAUACAUACACACACUGGAAUAGAAAUAUUCGCCUGAAACAAAAUUGUUCACAGCAUCGCAUUUUCGAGUCCGGUUCCGCGAACUCGGAGCCGAUGUCAUCCUAAAUAUGAAGGAUCUCGAAGAGUACUCUCCUGUUUCCUGUCUUGUUAUUUAAUGUUUAGAGAGUCCCAUCAUGAAAACCGAGAACAAAAUACAACCCUUAUAUGCUACUGUCUAAGAAAAGGUAGUGGAAAGCAUUAUUUUUGUAAUACCCAUGUGAUGCGAUGGUACCUUUAACAUUCACCAGUUACAAGAAGAAGAGAAGCAAAUCUAUCACCGCACAGCAGUACUGCACAGGUCUCUGUGAGCAUCGUGAAUGUGUUACACAAAAUUCCUUUAGUGUAAACAUAAACUGCAUUUCUCCAUUUAUAUUUUGGUUCAGUUUGAGGAAUAAGAUAUACGAAACGAAGGACGCUUUGGAUUGACUUUACACUUACUGAAGCUAUGCGGUAGCAUAAUACGAUCAUAACAUUGUUCCGUGUGUGUUGUGUUGAGAUUAUUUGUUGGGUUUUCUUAAGGUUUGUCAAUUGAAUUAGCUCGUAUGAGUAAUUUUAAUUUUCGAUCCAUUACUGGCUAGCUCAUCAGCAAUCUUCUUUCAUCUCUAGACCCGUAUGAUCUGGAAUAAUCCAAUAAUAGGUGAAUUCGAAUGCAUAUGGAUAGGGUUUUCAAAGCAAGAGAUCAUUUCCAUACCAGCCUUGAGUUGCACGUGUUACUAUUAAGAGAUUGAAGAGGCGGAGUGAUUCUGGGACGAUCAAUGGUUUUUUAUAUCCACCAUACCAUACUUGGUUUGAGGUCCCAUAUUUCCAAGGGUUUUUGGACAAACCCAAAGCGUCACAUGUUUCCAAAUUGUAAUGUCACUGAAUGCGCUUACUAUGUGCAGAAAAAAACAUAAUUAGCAUUGUUUAUAUUGAUGUUUACCGGUGAAAGUGCCUCGUGGAUGAAAAUCGGAUUCAGUUGUAUGUGAUUAAUUACUUUACGCAUUCAAAACGUGUUCAGAUUUCAGAUAAUUUAUCAAUUUGUAGAAUGUGCAUAAAUAUUAAAUGACUAAUAUUCAACCGAAUAUUGACAGUCCAGAGCCGACUAUGAAUGUGUCUGGAAGUGAGCUGACAAGUGAAGAGAGCUGGUCGUCACCAAAAAAUUUUCGAUUAUUUUACAAUCUGCUUGUAAUCCAUGCAAGCUUCAUGGCAAUGUAUUUGCCAUCCUGAUCGAUUGAACGAAUUACUCCUCAACGGUUGCUUAUUUCACCGAUUACCUGUCACAGGGCCCGAUACACUCUUCGGACAACGAAUUAGCACAGACAAACAGAUAUAACACUCGUCAAAUUUCCACCGUUCACUGAUUUGCUGGUCACUUCAAAUGAUCUUUAGUUUGCCAAUCGAUCACUCGUGGCGCGCGCAUUGUUCAAUGUGUUAUGUCUGUUUGUCUGUGGAAUUAGCUUCUCAUCCAGGAAAACUGCCACAUUGCUUGUGAUUCGGUAGUUAUUGUGCGCCCUGUCCACACUGCCGGACACUACCCAUCCGAACACUAACUGAGUCAGAAUUGGGAGACCUUCACCAAGUGGUACUUCAUUUCCGGCAUCGAAGAAUUCAAAAAAGUAGCCUCGGAGGUGAACUAGCCUUGGGCUAAAAACCUCUUUUCUUUAAUAAAGAUUUUAAUAAUAAUAAUAAUUCAAAAAAGUUUUUGAUGCACAGCACGAUGUCAACCGCCUCGGAUCUGAAAAACUUUGGAUCCCCUUACUUUAAACCUUCAGGGAACUGCCAUCCCAUCACAUCUACGUUGGUAGUAGGGAGAUUCGCUGUCACCUUCGGCAGCAACAGGAAUUCCAACCUUCUCGAGAAUCCUGUAACUCGCGACCAUAUGGUGGAUGUCACCUUCUGCUUCACCGUCAUGUUGGCUUGUCCAAUUCCGCAUACUUCAACCGCCCGUUGCCUUUGGACCUUCAGUUGCUGAGCCAACUUCUCAGUCAUGAAGUUACACUCGGAGCCGGAAUCUAGAAGUGCUCUGGCCGGAACACGGACUCCGUUAUUCCCUUCCACUAGGAUGACGGCCGUUGCAAGGAGUAUCGACGAUACCUUUGUUCCGGUUACAUUGGAUGACACCUGCGCUGGUGUUCCUCCUUGUGUAGUCGGCCUUUCGGAAUGGGUACUUCUGCUCGCUGCAGGGGCUUGGAGCGUCGGUGAUCCGUUUCUACUUAUGUUGGAUGGGGUUAGUGAGCAGACCAAAGUGUGGUGCUUACCUCUGCAGUUCCGGCAUGUAUAUGGGGAUGAACAAUCCACCGCCCAAUGGCCAUGUCUAAAACAGUUCCGGCAGAGCCCGUUAUCCCAUAACUUCUUGGUUCGAUCGGGUAUGGACAUCCGUUGAAAUCUCUGGCAUUGAUAUAGUGGGUGAUCUUCUUGGCACGCUACACAGCGCCAACGUUCCUCUGAACAGUGGUGUAGCUCAAGUGCCGAAACGGUGCCCUUUUUUGUUCUACCUUGUAACCCGAGGACUUAAAUGGUGGACUUUCACUCUACGUUGGAAGGAAUCAGUUAGAUCAGUUAGAUCGUAUCCUGCUCCUUAGUUGACUUAGUUGACGAUAGGAACCGCAACUCAGUAGCCGACUCCUUAACCACCUUCGGUAACUUGAACAGCCCCUGAACUUGACAGCGCUUAAGCUGCUUGCUAUCGUUAUAUCGUUUCAUCAAAGAGUCCCACGCAACCUGGUAGUUCUCCUGCGUAAUUGUCAGCGGAUCCACAAGUGACUUGGCUUCGCCUGCCAAGCACCCUUUGAGGUAGUGGAACUCUUCCACUUCCGGUAAGUCUGCCUACCUAUGUAUAAGCGACAAAUACGGGUCACGGAAGCUCAACCAAUCAUCGAUGUUGCCGUCGAAGGUUUGCAUCACGAUUUGAGGCAACCGCACACGCUCCAUGAUAGCUUGAUCUGCCGCCUCCAGAUUUCGGGUUGAUUGAUUAAGGGCUGGUGGUUCUUCGAACUCCUUGACCUUGUCCAAUAGCAAAGUCUUCAAGUCAUAGUACUUGCUACUGAACUCUGACCGCUGCUUGGAACAGUUGUCCUCCUCCUCGUCGUAGUUAUCGUGGGUUUUGAUGUUCAGGAUCACAUCGUUCACAUUUUCCCACAUCUCAUCCAGCUUCUCCAGCCGAAUCGUUACCUGACUUGCACUUUUCACUCCGCUUAACUUGUCAGCGAACCCACAUAUGUCCUGCAACAUGUUAAGGAGUGACCGCAGUGUUGUCUUCAGUGUCUCCAUUGCUGGAGUCUUCCUGUUGGUCGAUGUCGUCGGCAAGGAUGUUAUCGAUCAUUAAGUUAUCUGCCUUCGAUCUUUUAGUAGUUUGUCAAUAACUCAUUCCAGAGGCUAAAUUUCAAAAUGUGUUGUAUGGCAUCUUCACAAUAGGCACUCGGAAAACGGUUUUCAAAUGGGAAAGAGCACUAGUGUGCUGGUCAACAUGGUCAAGCAUCCGGUAACAACAGCACUUCAUCUCGUACCAUCAAUAAGGUGGCAACAGCGACGAUUAUUAUGGUUUACGACAAUGGGCAAGAACGUCAUGUGAGAUUUAUUUAUUUAUUAUCAGGCUAAGGCUGGAGUGGCCUGUGCUGCACAUAAAAGUCUUCUAAAAUUGAGCUCGGUCCAUGGCUGCACUUCGCCAACCACGCAGUCUGCGAAGGGUCCGCAAAUCGUCCUCCACCUGAUCGAUCCACCUUGCCCGCUGUGCACCUCGCCUUCUUGUUCCCGUCGGAUCGUUGUCGAGAAUAAUUUUCACCGGAUUACUGUCCAACAUUCUGGCUACGUGCCCGGCCCACCGCAGUCUUCCGAUUUUCGCGGUGUGGACGAUGGAUGGUUCUCCCAACAGCUGAUGCAACUCGUGGUACAUUCGCCUCCUCCACGUACCGUCCGCCAUCUGCACCCCACCAUAGAUGGUACGCAACACUCGUUGAUCGACCGCGUCGGAAUUCUAACUGUUCCUCGAGCAAAAUGUUGUGGUGUCGCCUUUUCAAACAGCUUGUAUUAUUCUGGGAGCAGACUAGCGGGACAAUAACUUUUGGGAGAUAAAGGAUCCUUUCCAGGCUUCCGGAUGGGGAUGCCUUUGGCUGACUUCCAAGACGAUGGGAAGUAGCUGAGACGGAGAAACUGAUUAAAAAUCAGCGAAUGGUGUACGAAAAUCGGAGUACUAGUGCGUUUGAGCUCAAGAUUCAGGAUGUUGUUGAAGUCUGGAGCCAUCAUGUUUUUUGAUGAUUGAGAUCUCAAACUUUUCUGAGAAGUCGUUGGAAGACAAAUGGAUGCUGUUAGCAUGCUCGUUAACGGCUGCCUCGUGUGGACUGACGAUGUCCAAGAUUGUGGGAGCUGACAAAAUGACGACCUGUUUCGGCAACUUUAGACAAUCAUGACUCUAAAGAGCUAUCAAGCGAUCCUAAGAGUCAUUGUUGUCUAAUGCAGCGGUUCUCAACCUUUUUCUUGAGAGGGACCCCUUCGAGCAUUAGCAUUUAUUGAGGUCCCUCUAUUUUUUCGCUGUAAUAAAGUUAAAUUAAGUAUACCUCAUAAGACAUAAUAAUAAAAACGGACCUGAAACUAACGGAGUAAAAGGCUCACCAAAAAGGUGCCUGAAAUUUUCCUUAGUCUGUGAAACUGAGCGUCUUUAAAGGAGGCUUCCGAGCCUAUUGAAAGCUCGAGAAGCACAAGUCAGACAAACAUGGUUGCAGCAACUUGAUUCUGACUAAAUCUGGUCGCAUAUGAGUUGCAGGUACUUAUGUGUAACAUGUGUGCUGAUGGGGCGGAGGCUUCCAAGCCUCUUGAAAGGAGGCUUCCGAGUCUCUCUUGAAAGGAGG